AGGAAGAGGAGAAGGGGGAGGAGGAAGAGGAGGAGGAAGAGGGAGAGUUAGCUCCAGCCCCUCCAGCUCCUUCAGUCGGAGUGAAAGCAGCUUCAGGACUCUUCAGGAUUGUUUCACUAACUCCUCUCUGAUGUUUCUGUAAUCAACCCUCCGGAGCUCCUCAGCGGUCAUCCGGACACAGCGAGGCCGGCGAGCAGCAGCGAGCUGCGGGGAGACGGACAGAGACAUGUCGGAGAGCUCCGGGGCCGCCUGGAGCUGAGAGGAGAGAGGAUGGAGGAAGAGAAGGAGACGGCCGAGGAGAAGGAGGAAGAGGAAGAGGAAGAGGAAGAGGAGAAAGACCUUCAUCACCAUCACAUUGCAGCAACGGCGGCGGCGGCGGCGUCCUCUGUGGACUACCAGGGCCUUCCCAUCAUGCACUGGGAGGACCUGAGCCAGCGGAUAGCUGAGCUGGAGAAACAGGAGCAGGAGAGGAGGUCAAAGAGGGGGACGGGGACGGAGGAGAGUCGGGGGGGAGUGUGGAGAGACGUCUGGGAGGAAGAGGAGGAGGAAGACUUCAGGAGGUGUCGAGUCGCCGUCGUCACGUCACGGUUUCACAACCACAGAAACCUGCAGCUGUGCUUCAUCAACGACAGCGACAGUGAAGACGAGGAGGAAGGAAGCAACAAGAAGGUUUCCAUGGGAACGGGGCGCAACGGUUGCCAUGCCGCCGGGCUGAAACAGGAAGUGGCCACGGCUCUGAGGACGCUGAGAGACAACCUGCUGGCUGAGCAGAAAGAGAAGCAGCGUCUGGCCGGCAGCAGCUGUGUUGCAGAGCGGAAACAUCUGGAGCGUUGGGAGCUGCAGGAGCGUUCAGCGCCGCAUCUCAGCAGCCUGGGAGCAUCACUACAACAGGAAGUACACACUCUGAGCUCCGAGCUGGUGGCCCACCUGUUGGUCCGAGACCAGCUGAGGACGAAGCAGGACGCCAUGCUGCUGGACGUCCAGGACCUGACCUAACUGAGACCGGGACCGGGACCACAGACCGGGACCAGGAUCGCAGACCGGGACCAGGACCACACAAACCAGUCUCCCUCCCUCCAACACCAACGUGAACAUUGGUCCUCUGUGGGACCGGGUCGGGCUGAGCUCGAACAAAGACGGAGACACGACUGGAUGGAUAAAACCCAGAAGGUCGUUUGGAAAACUCCUCCAGUCCACAGGAAGUGGGUUCAUCAGCAGGUUGAUAUGAAGGAACAGAACCAUCAGUCUGAUCUGAGUCUCCAGGUUGGGUCCAGUUUCAGUCCAGUUCUACCUGGAAACUAAAGUCCAGAAGGGAAGAGGAUGUACAUGUAGUAAACUCUGAGUUAGUAUUCUGGAGGAUGUUUAAUGAUUGAGGGACAAACUGACUUUCACUUUAUUUCACAGAUUCAGACGAGCAUGUUUUUGAUUAACAAGUAGCUGUUGGACCCGAGACGCACGACGUGGCCAAAGGGACGUCACACUAAAAUGUGUUCACGAGUACGGACCGUCCGUACGUCUGAACUAGGGAUGCACCGAUACCACUUUAUUCAGACCGAGUACAAGUACUUCCAUCUGGGUACUCUCUGAUACCAAGUACCGAUACGAGUACCGAUAC